AUGCGAUCCGGAAGUUCGACGUCAACGGAUCCAUCUCGGCUACGCUCCCCGAGGCCAGCUCGCGGCGGCGCCCGCCUUGUCGACCGGCUGCGCCCCGCGCCAGUCGGCCAGCAUGGUGUUCGACAUCAGCGCCGAGGAGGAGAGGAGGCGCUGCGGCCAGACUGGCUCAAGGGGAGCGGGUCCGACACGGAGCACUCUGUACAGUUCUUCAAGGACUUCAGGGUCGGCGACCUUGUGAAGGUGAAGGCCGGGGCGAGCUACCGGGCAGACGGCAGGGAGCUCUACACGGCCGGCGAUCAGGGGCGGAUCUCCGGUGUCGUUCCAGGCGGCGACGGCAAGCACGGCAGCGCGGUGAUCGAGUGGGUGCGCACUGGGCGCAAGAGCGCGGUGCAGUUCGACGCCAUACAGAACCAUUUUGCGCGCGUAGAGCAGAAGGUGGCCACAUGCACCCCAAUGCUGGUCGGGAGCACCACCUCUGGGUAUGUGUUCGCCAUCGAGCUGUCUACUGGGUACGAGGUGUGGGCACUGCAGGGCUCGUCUACGAUCGCGGGCGUCAAGGGGGCUUUGGCUUCCAAGAACGGAAUCGUAGUGGUCGCGACCAACCGCUGCACUGACCGGUACUGUUACAGGUAUCGCAACCAGACCAACGUCCUCAUGCCGGGCAACACGGUGGUGCGGGGCCUGAAUCCCGCAAACGGCGUCGAGGUCUGGAAUUUCGUGCCCGAAGCGCCCGUGUGGAACAUGAACCCAGUCUGGGGCCCAGAUGACACAGUGAUUUUCAACGACCAAGAGGGCAGCGUGUACUGCCUGACACUCUCGACCGGAAGCCAGGUAUGGAAGGGCGACGGCAAGCUUGGGACAUACACCGAAGCAGCCGCUGUAUACGACGCGGUCAACAACGUGGUGGUCGCCCUCGGCAUGCUCCAAUACGAUGCUUUUACGCCGCAUCGAGCACAUAAUAAUCCUGUGGGAUGCAAUCCUCAUGUAGCGCCUGGCAUCCUUCCCAGGUGCGGGAACGCGCCAUUCAAGCAAGGCUUCGUCCGUGGUUACAACGGCACUUCUGGCCGGCUCCAAUGGGAGAAAUCGAUGCCGCAUCCGCCGGCCAGCGCAGUUGUUGGCCGACCAAUGGGUUUGAAUUCACAAGUGGUGCUCACCUUGGGCCAUAAUUGCGCACGCGGCUCCCCUACUAAAAUCCUUCUCCUGGAUCCUCUCACCGGAGGCUCCUACUCGGUCGAUGGCCCGACGCUGUGGAGUGGGAUGUGUGCCGGGGACAAGGAAGGAGGCGACAUCCGCAGGGCCAUGGGCGGCCGUGCCGCGUGCAAUCCAGGCAGCUGGUCCGCACCGGUUGUCGAUGAGGAUGGUGACGUGUACGUUGGUAACCAGGUCGGCGUGUAUCAGAGGUGGGGCUCGCCGACCAGGACGGGGACGGGGCGCAGGGACUUCCAGUUGCUCUCAAGCCUGGUGACCGGUGUGGCCUUCCAGGACGGGGCCACGGCGCUCGCCGAUGGCCUCAUGGCUGUGGCCACAUGCACCUCUCUCAUCGUCUUCCAGACGGCGAACUUCUCAGAGCAGUUUGCGAACACGACCUGGAGCUUCCCGCAGCACGGCUACGCAGCGGACUUCAACGAGUCGUCGGCGGCCUACACGCGAUAA